GGAACGUGACGUGUUGUUUUGUUUGUUCUCUGUCUCUAUCAGUCAUGUUCACGAAUGUGAAUUGAAAUUUUAAUAAAAUUAAAUGGUAUAAAAUUAACAAAUGGCAUGGUUUGCGGAGCUCGCUGGGAAGGCGGAGAGCCUGCUCAACAAUCUAGAUGAGCAGACCGGCGCGGCUCUACGAAACCAUAACAAUGCACCAAAACAUAAAAAACACGAAAUCCCUCCCGAGCCAGCUUGGGCACAAAAGAAGAGGCCAAUACCGCGAAAUCUGAAGAAGCCCUUUACUGGAACCGAUACUAGAUCUAAUGCUGUUCCAACCAAGAAAACAUCACCUAUGUCCCGUCAUGAAUCCCAUUCACCUAUAAAAAACAGUCAAGCAGUUCCGAGAGAACGGUCUCCAAAGUCUCGAAACUCACCUGUUAGGAAGCCUAGACAAUUCACUCUAAAUCAUUGCCCGAAUACUUUAGUUGGUGAUUACAGUGAUGAUCAGUUUGGUUUGAAACAGAGGAGACAUAGCUUGCCAACAGAUUUAGAACUGAUAAGUAAUGAAAGUUUGAUAUAUAAAAUGCAAAAUUUAGAAGUAGAAAAUGCCAUGCUCAAAAAUGAACUAAAUGUAAUGAACAGAGAGGUCUCCGAAUUGCUAGAUAGGUUACGGAAAACUGAGGAUGGUAAUAUUUUUAUUAAUGGUUUUAAAGAGUUAAGCAAAACACAUAUUAAAUUAGAGAGUUCGGAACUUCUAAAGCAGAGGUCUGAGCUAGACAAGGACGCAAUGAAUACCCAUUUAGAUCAACUGAAACAGAAGAUAAAUGAAUUGACAAAUGUAGAUAUAAUAAAAUAUAAGGGGCAAAUUCAAAAGUGGGAGACAGAAGUUUCGGUAUUAAGAGAUUCCAACAAGGAAUUGGAAGAUAGAGUACAACAAUUAACCGAAAAAGUUCAGGAAAAUCAGUCGGCGCAUAUCAAAUUAGAAAACGAACUGAGAUACGCACAAUCCACAAUCGGGGAGUUACAAAAUGAUCUAGAAAGAUCUACUGCAGAGUGUCGAAGACUCGAGAAAGAUUGGGAUGCUUAUAAACUUAGAGUGAAAAGCAUGCUGUAUGCUAAAGACAGCGAGAUAAAGGCGUUACAGCAGGGUGAUAAUGUCGCGGAGGGUACUAAAGAGUUGAUUGAGCAGCUGGAGAGUUUAAAAGAGGAACGUGACGAGCUGUCGGAGUGUGUGUUGCGUGUGCGCGGCGAUUGCAGCGAGAUGCAGCAGCAGGUGGGCCAGCUGGAGGGUCAGCUGGGCGCGGCCGGCCGCGCUGUGGCAGCGUUGCGGGACGCGCUGCGGGACGAGCGCGCAGCACGGAACCGCGCCGACACGCAAGCACGCGCUCUUGCCAAGGAGUUAAAGUCCGUCCAAAUCGAGACAAGUCAAACCAUAGCUGGUUUACGCACCGCUCUUCGAGAUAAGGAUACCGAAUUAAACCACCUUCGCGAUACCACCUCCUCACUUCAGACCACAGACACGAGUGCACUUAAUGUUGCGGACUAUGACACCAUGCAGAGCAGCAUUGACAAUGAUAAAAUACAUUAUUUAACGGAGACUUUAGUCCAGAAACAGGGGAAAAUAGACUCGUUGUUAGCAGAUAACAAUAUGCUCAAAAUACAGCUCGAUAAAUUACAGUCAAAAUUUAAAUGUGAGGUGUCCAACAUGAGGGUCAAAAACGCCCACAGCGUGGUGAAUUUGCAGGACAAUGAAAGACCACGUAACCGCCUGGAGACGACCUCUGGCAUCGGCAAACUAUCGUUAAGAAUAGGCCUUAUUCUAAAGAGAAACCCCCUGUUUAGAGUAUUUAUCAUAAUUUAUAUGAUCGGUCUCCAUUUCUGGGUGCUCACUGUUUUGUUAACAAGCACACCGGAAGAAACUAGACCUAGCAAGUCGUGAAGUCACAAACAGCUUUAAUUCCAAUAGCCAUAAUAUGUUUUAGAAGAAAAUAAUGUAAUAAUAAUUAUAAUCUCAGACUAUAGCCAGCAGUAACAGUUGACACUUUAAGAUAGUAUAUUAUAAAAAAAAACUGUAUUUACAGAGAUUUCUGAAUCAAAGUGAAUAAUUUACCUUACUAUCAAGGCACAAUCCAAACUGUGUCUUAAAAGCUUUAUUCAUAGAUUUAUUUUAUAACGCUGGACUUAUAAUAAUUUGUUAAGAUUUGUUAUUUAAAAAUUGUAAACCGCGCGUGUAAGUUUGCAGGUUAAAGCCAUUAUAGUAUAAAAUAACUGUCUUGAGCAGAGCGUGUUUAAACAAAAGGAGAUCUUAUCGCUGACAUAAUUCUUACCAGAACUUGUUAAACUAAUAACGACAGACAUAGUGUAGUUUUCGAAAAUAAAAUUGUUC